AUGUCUAUGGCUAAGAUGAAUUGGCAGACAAAAAAGCUCACCAUUAGAGAAAGGAGUGAGUUUAUUUUUAACAACGAUCUGUUUAGCGAUGUUAGGUUUGUUGUCUCGGGAGUAAUUGGCAAAUGUGAAAACAAGAAAAGUAUUCCUGCUCACAAGUUUGUGUUGUCAAUUAGUAGCCCUGUGUUUGAAGCCAUGUUUUACGGUGAGUUGGCGGAGACUAAAGACUCUAUUGAACUGCCUGACUGUGAUUACGAGAGUUUGUUGGAGUUUUUUCGUUACAUGUACAGCGAUGAAGUGGGUUUGAAUGGAGGUAAUGUGAUGGGAGUGUUUUAUUUGGCGAAGAAAUACAUGGUGCCUUCGCUGGCUGAUAAAUGUGCGCGACAUUUACGGCACAACUUAGAUGAAUCGAAUGUGUUCAGUGUUUUGAAAUUUGCACAGAAAUAUGAUGAGACGAACCUUGUGGAAAAUUGCUGGAAAGUGAUAGAUGAACGCACCGCAGAAGCUGUAAAAUCUCGGAAUGGAUUCUUGACAAUUGAAAGAUCCUUACUCGAAGCUUUAGUUGAAAGAGACUCGUUGAAUAUCAAUGAAGUGGAACUGUUUAAAGCCGUUGAUUUGUGGGCUAUAAAUGCUUGUAAAAAGCAGGGUUUAGUGGCGAAUGGAUCAACAAAGAGAACAAUUCUUGGAGAAAGAGUAGUCAAGGCAAUCCGCUUUCCUACGAUGAAGCAAGAAGAUUUCGCCCUGGUGGCACUUGACAGCAAAAUAUUAACAGCAGAAGAAAUUGUGAGUGUUAUCAAGCGUAUCAACUUAGUAUCGAGUGCUCUGUUGCUGUUUCCAGAAACGAAGAGAUCUGGUUUCGUCGGUGAAAUCCAGCGGUGCUGUAGGUUUGGUUCUGUCUCUCACAACAAAUGGAGUUAUGCGGGCUCUUCCAAAGACUGCGUGAAUCUUUGCGCUGACAGAGAGAUUACGUUACAUGGGCUUCGGCUCUUUGGAGAGGACCAAAAUAGCUACUGGGUUGAUAUGGAGAUCAAAAUUGCCAAGAACAAGUCCGUUCUAUUAUCAAAAGCAGGAUGGUUUAAAUCAGAGGCCUUGUCAAGCAAUUUUGGUCACUAUCAUGGAUUUGAGGUUUUUUUUGACGCUCCUCUUGUGUUGAAAAAAAAUCAGUCAUACUCUGUGGAAGCUUUGAUCAUAGGUUCGGAUUCGAUGCAUGGAAAAAACGGUCACGAAAUAGUAAAAUGUUGCGGCGUAACGAUCACGUUUACAAAUAGUAAGUACUCUGGUAAUGGAACAAGCGUUAGUCGGGGUCAGUUCCCUGACAUAUUAUUCACUGUUUAAUCAACAUUUGAUCCAAGGAGUGUCAAGUAUCGAACUCCGCUUUUUAGUCGUAGGGCACAGUUAAACAGGCUUGUAACGUGAAUGAAGACAGAGAUCAAGGUGGGGCAGUAAUGGUUUGAUAUAAAGAACAGUCAACAAAUGAAUGUUUGCUUGUUAGUUUGAUAGGAGAAUACGCUUUCAGACCAUGGGAGUUAUAGUAUUAAAGGAGCUUUAUCACAGCCUGUGCAUCUUGAAAUAUUUACCAGCAUUUGCUUUGACUCUCCUGUAAUCCUGAACAUUAAUGUCGUUUCCUUCAUCAAAACUUCCGUUACGUUCGUCCAUCCUCACCAACUAUCUGUUUGGGUGGAUUUUUGAUAAAAGGCCAUCACCAAAAGUCCUUUAUGUCGCCGAUAAAUGAAAAAUUUCAACGACCCAUGAACUAUUAAAAGUAGUGUGGCACCGUUCCUUAACCCUC